AGUUCGUACCCAGAACUAUUAACCCUUCCUGUAGAGCCCUCCUGCUUCCUGUCUCAGAGCUACCCAUCCUACAGCUCAUUGAUCCCUCUGCAACAGGUGUCACAAACAAUGAGCAAAGAUAGUGCCGCCUUAUUUGUUGCAAAAGCAGAGGACAGUGAACAUGACUCAGCCAACGCAAAUGUCUCACCCAGACUGUACCACAACAACGAUCAGGUCCACAGCUCAAACUAUUCUCUCCAAAGUCUCCCAACUCAAUCACAGCAGGAGAGCAACACACAGCCCCUCUUCCCCAAGCCCAUUUACUCAUACAGCAUCUUGAUCUUCCUGGCUCUGAGGAACAGUAAAACAGGAAGCCUGCCGGUCAGUGAGAUCUACAGCUUCAUGACGGAACACUUCCCUUAUUUCAAG